UAGUCUAAUGCCUAUCCAUAAAUGGGAUGCGGGAGAGGCAACAUUCCGCAUGGGUAAUAUUUUGCUUUUCAUCAGCUGGUUUCUCACAGGCGGGUAGAGGCUCAUCUACCUCCGCGUCGCGCUCUUGUAUUCUCCAGUGGUUUUAUUCAUAGGUUCUUGGGGUUGCCAAAUAUGGCUGCAGUUGUUACCAGACACAAGCAUUUCGGUCAAGAAUACCUCAGUACUGAGUCUAAAUGUAUUGUUCGGGAAUAUUCCAGCUCUGCGUCAGAAGAGGUGAAAUAUAAAUUCCAAACACAGAAGAGAAUCCAGGGAGUGGUGGAGAAGAAGAUGCCUGAGAAAUACAUCCGUGAGGAGUCCAUGAUCAGGGGCCCCAAGUUUGUGGUUAGACUGAGGUCCCAUACAGUGUAUGAAAACAGUGCUAUUAAACUUUUCUGCACUGUGGAGGGAUAUCCCACCCCACAUGUCAAAUGGUUCAAGGAUGAUGUCAUCUUGAACAUCUCUUCUGGAAAGUACUUUGUGGAGAGCAAUUCUGGAUUCCAUGCCAUCUCCAUCCUCAAGUGUGCAACUGAUGACACUGCAAUGUACACGGCAGUAGCCUCAAACACGCAUGGACAGGCCUCCUCCCAGGCCUCCAUCAUUGUGAAGAGGUGCAAAGAGGAAGAAACGUCCACUCCUUAUUCCUGGAUGCCUUACCAGUAUCCCAUUUUACCUGAGAUCAAGUAUACGAAGAUUAACAUCACCUUCACUGAGACGUUUGACGUGACCUUUGGAAAAGAAUGCGAUAAGGCCACUUUGACCUGCAAGAUGACCAUUAACCCCAACCUGGCUAACCUGCAGCCUGAGGCGAUGUGGUACAGAGAUGAGCACCUCCUGAAAGAGACGAGGUGGGUGAAAAUGGAGUCUGGUGGAGGUGUUGCCAAGCUCACGCUUACUCAACUCGCUAAGGAUGAUGAGGGUCUUUACACCCUCCGCAUGGUCACCAAGGGAGGCGAUGCGGUCCACAGGGCUUACGUCUUCGUUGAUGAUGGUCCACCUCCAGUUCCUCAAGCUCCCGGAGCCCCAAUGGACCUUAAGAUCCAUGAUGCAAAUAGAGAUUAUGUGAUUGUGUCCUGGAAACCUCCUAACACCACCACUGAAGGCCCUAUCAUUGGAUACUUUGUUGACAGAUGCGAAGUUGGAACAGAGAACUGGGUGCAGUGUAAUGACUCCCCUGUAAAGAUCUGCAAGUAUCCUGUGCAGGGCCUGUUUGAAGGACACUCUUAUUACUUUCGCGUGCGUGCCGUCAACUCUCGUGGCAUUGGCAGACCCUCCAGAAUGUCUGAGCCCAUUGCCGCUCUGGACCCUACAGAGUUUGAGAGACUUCGUGCCACUAAACUCGGUGGAAGACUUGAUGUUGUGACUUACUAUGAUGACCUUGAAGCCGAGGGAAAAGCUCCGGGACCUCCCUCUAAAGUCUGUGCUUCAGAGACGGACCGAACAUAUGUUGUGCUCAGUUGGGUCCCUCCAGUCUACCAUAGCAAAGCCCCCAUGUGGUAUUACAUUGAGAAGCUUCAAGUCGGAGCUGGAUCCUGGCAGAGAGUGAACACUAAAGUACCCAUCAGAUCUCCUCGCUAUGCUGUCUUCGACCUGCUAGAGGGAAAGGACUAUCAGUUCCGUGUGGUGUCCGCUAAUAUGUACGGCGUCAGCGAGCCUUCUGAGCCCACCAACACUGUAACAACCCUGCAGCUGAAGGGUGUGCCCUCAGCUCCUGGACAAGUCGUUGCAACCAGAGAGACAGACACUUCUGUUCUAAUCCAGUGGGCGCCUCCAAAGGAUCCCAAUAACCUGAUUGGAUAUUACAUUGAUUCUUGUGUGAAAGGAUCUAAGGACUGGACCUCUGCCAAUCACAAACCCCAUAAGCAGACUAGGUUUGUUGUGCAUGGACUGACCACCGCUGAGACGUAUGUCUUCCGUGUUCAAGCCAUCAAUGAGCUGGGUCUCAGCGAUGAAUCCCAGGAAUCAGCCCCUCUUUCUGUGAGAGCCGCUCUUAAGCUGCCCUCUUCCCCGUAUGACGUCUCUCUUCUCUACUGUGAUGGGGAAUCCAUGGUGCUCAACUGGAAGCAGCCCCUCCAUUCUGGAGGAGCAGAUGUCACUGAUUAUUACAUUGACAAACGCAAUGUUGCUAAGAAGACAUGGAAGGAGGUCAACAUCCCACCCAUUAAGGAAAGACUGCACAAGGUUGGAGGUCUGACAGCUGGGUCAGUGUAUCAGUUUAGGAUCUACGGAGCUAAUUUGAUUGGACUGGGUGAUGCCUCGACCUCUAGCACUCCCUUCAAAUGCGAGGCUUGGACCAUGCCUGAGCCAGGUCCAGCCUAUGACGUGACCUUCACUGAAGUAAGGGAUGAUUCGGUGGUGGUGGAGUGGAAGGCUCCUGUCUACAACGGCGCCAGUGCCAUCACUGGAUACUUUGUUGAGAAAUCCAAGAAAGGCUCGGAUAACUGGAGUAAAGUCAACGAAAGUUCAGUCAACCACUGCUAUCUUAAGGUCAAGGGUCUAGAAACAGGCGAGUCUUAUGUGUUCCGCGUGCGGGCAGAGAACGCCAAUAGCAUUGGUGUGGCUUCAACCCCCUCUGACCCUGUGUGCAUCAAGGCACUGCCAGGCACCCAGGAAAUCAAAUGUGGCGUCGAUGAGGAAUCAGGUGACAUUUAUCUCUCUUUUGAGAGCUGCCAAAUGGCGGAGAAAUCAAAGUUUGCGUGGAAGAAGUCCUACCAAGAAAUUACUGACUUCUCUAAGGGAAUCAUUGUGAAGACAUCAGGCAGCCACUCAACUUUGCUUUUUAAGAACCCAGACAAAGAGGAUUUGGGCACAUACUCUGUGUCUGUUACACAAACUGAUGGUGUCUCUGCCAGCUACAAGAUCUCAGCAGAAGAGCUGGAGAAGAUGUUGGCCCUCAGCUAUGACAUACGCAACCCAAUUAUUCCUCUGAAGACUGAACUGGCCUAUAAGAUUCUAGAGAGAGGCCGUAUGCGCUUUUGGCUGCAAGCUGAGGGCAUCUCCUCUGCUGUGACCUACAAAUUCUUUGCCAAUAACAAGGAGCUUGUCAACUGUGAGCAAACUAAAAUGAGUCACGACGCAGCUACGGGCAUUAUUGAGAUGGUGAUGGAUCAUUUCACUGACGACAGCGAGGGCACUUUCACCGUGCAGAUCCAAGAUGGCAGAGCCAAGGCCCAGUCCUCUCUGGUGCUGAUCGGAGACGCCUUCAAGGCAGCACUGGCUGAGGCGGAAUACCAAAGGAGGGAGUACAUUCGUGUGAAAGAGGGCCCUCACUUUAUGGAGUUCCUCUCCGUUCAAGUUGGUGAUAAUGCCUCUGUCACUCUUGUUUGCAAGGUGGCUAAUUUGAAGAAGGACUCUGUGUUCCAAUGGUAUAAGAACGAUGUAGAGGUGAUUUCUGAGGUGCCUGCCGACUUGAACUCAGGAGUCUGCAAGUUCCCCCUAAUUAAUUUCUCCAAGAGGGAUGUGGGACUAUAUAAAGCAACCAUCACUGAUGACAGAGGCCAAGAUGUGUCACAGAUUGAUGUUUCUGGCAAAGCUUUUGAUGACAUCAUUAACGAGCUCAGUCGCAUCGCUGGAUCCAGCGCCUCUGAGUUGUCGAUUCAGUGCACUGCGGAGGGCAUUAUGCUUCAGUGCCAUAUGAAAUAUCACACCGAGGAGAUGAAGAUCCAUUGGAAACAAAAGGAUUCUAAAAUUGCAUCAGAAAGGAUGAGAAUUGGUGGCAACCCAGCAAUGGCAACUUUGGAGAUAGUCGAACCGGCUGAUAAGGAUAAAGGAAUGUACACUAUUGAGAUUGUGGAUCCCGAGAAGACGCAUUCUCGUACCCUGGACCUCUCCGGACAACUCUACGACAACGCCUACGCAGAAUUCCAGAGACUCAAAGCGGAAGCAUAUGCUGAAAAGAAUCGUGGCAAAGUGGUUGGUGGUCUUCCUGAUGUUGUGACUAUCAUGGAAAAGAAGACUCUGAGUCUGACCUGCACAGUCUGCGGUGACCCCAAACCUCUGGUCAGCUGGUCUAAGAACAAUCAAGAAGUAGAACCCAGCGAUCAGUACGUCAUUGCCAUGGACUCGGGCAAGUUCGCCAGCCUCACUAUCAAAGGCGUGUCCCUGGAGGACUCUGGCAAAUACACCAUGACGGUCCAAAACAAGUACGGCGGCGAGUCGGUGGACAUCGUCGUCAGUGUGUACAAACACGGCGACAGGGUUCCAGACAUCAAACCAACACCCUCACCCAAGAGGAUCAUGCCUCCCACGGUUCCCAUCGUAAUUCCCACUGCCAAGUCUGCCACUCCUGCCCCUGCUGCGGCCAAGUCUCCGGCUCCUCCCCAAAAUGCCAAAUCCUCUGCUCCCCCCCGUGGCAUGAAGUCCCCCACUCCCACCAGGAAGAAGUAACAGCAUAGCCUUUGCCUCUCGUUCACCCCAACAGCACAAAAACAACUAGAUUUACAUUUUCGGUAGGAAAUAUCAGUGUUUGCAAGGAAGUUUGGGUUUAGGUUUUGAUGUCAAGAUAAUGCCGUUUUGCCGCCAUCAUGACACUAGGCAAGUCUUGUUUUCUUCCAGUUGUAGACAGUCUAUCAACAUAAUCAACAUAGUUUAUUAUAUGGCUAUAAAGGAGUAAUGCUGUUUUUUUGUUUUUUUUCUGAUUUUAAAAAUAUUUUGAAUCGUGAUAUGCACAAGCAAUAUAAAUCAUUUGUAGGUUGAUUCCCCUAAAAAGUGUAAAACUAGGUACUACAUUUAAAUUGAAACUUACUUCACGCCCAUUAAAAAAAGUACGUUCAAUACAUGAGUAGCAUGAAUGAAAUUCAGCGGUUUGUGCUGAACAAAUCACAGAAAUCUUUAGGUUUGAGAGCAAAGCCUUAGGGAUUCGCCAAUAUUACAUUUCUGCCUGAUACCAAUAAGCUGAAAAUUAUUUUGAUGUUACAGCUAAUAACCAAUAAAUCAUUGAUAAUAAAAUUACAUGUUGUGCAAUAAAUAAAUAAACACUGAAAUAAAAUCAACAGUUUAACAAAUGAAUUUAUGCAUCAUCAUAUUAUAAAUGAAAAUAAAGACUAAAUUAUUAGUGUGCAAUUAGUUAAUUAAGUGAGCAUUAGAAGAUGGCAAAGUUAUUCUAAACAUAAAAAUUAGUCUGAAGAAAACAUGCACAAAUAAUGCCCAAUAUUAAUCAAGACCAAAAAACAUAGAAAUCUGUAAAAUGAACAGACAUACUGUGCAUCACUCAAACCCAAACCAGAAUAUUUGAGGAAUAUCAAUAUAAUGCUGCCUUGCAAACACUGUAAUUGAACUAUAGUACAUAAAUCACAAAAAAGUGAAUAAAGAAAGUAGAAUUGAAAAGUAGGUAAUAUUUUUCACCCCAAAUGCAUCAUCAUAUCAUAAAAUGAGCAAGCAUCUAAUAUGAAAAGAAAGAGAGUAGGAAGUAUAUGUGAGGGAGGGUGGGGCAAGUUAUAUUUAGUGCCACGAGAAAAUGUGUGAAACAGUUUGUCAUCUGGGUUGCCUAAGCUGAGUGGGCCUCUAAUGAAUUUGGCUCCCUCUCCCCUGAGGUGCUUGGGGGAAAAGCUUUGAUGUUAGUUUAUUAAAUCUCUGUUUAAAAGCUGCUCUUUCAGUUAGCCACUGGAAUCCAGAGGCUUUUUUUUUUUUUUUGCUUUCUUGCUUUCUCCGGUGGAUGGAUGACCUGGGAGUGCAGGACCUCCACUUAGCCCCCAGCGGCAGCCACGAGACCAUCAGUGCUCAUCUCAACCUUGUCUCACGUCCUCGCCUUUUUCUCUUGGUUUUGUGUUAAUAAAAGUGUUGGAAAUCA